UCAAGCUGCCACUGCUGCCACUUCCUUCCUUGUGAGAUUGUCGGGGCACAUUAGGGAUGGUUUUUUAUCGUAGGCUGGUAUGUCAAUCAACAACCCGUCCAUUUACAGUCAAUAUUGUGAAGAAAUACGAAAUAUAGUGUAGUGAAAGCGAAGGUGGAUAGGCUGUCGUAGCUGUCGCGAGCAGCGCCUACACGCUCGUCCAGCUACGCACUGCUUGCUUCCCCGUGCGUUCGCUGUUUUGCCCCCCUAGUCGAUUGUGCUAGCUCAAUUUGUAAAUAUUAGCCUGCUAAGCUAGCUACUGUCGUUAAAAUGGCCACCAUGGAGAAGCUAAUGAAGGCCUUUGAGUCUCUCAAAUCAUUCCAGCAACAACAGGGGCCCCCAACAGCCGAAGAGCUUGUCCAAAAACAGAAGAAGGAGCUGGCGACCACCAAGAAGGACAGAGUCACACAUUGCCUGACCAUAUGUGAGAACAUUGUGGCUCAGUCUCUGAGUUCUGGGAUCAGAACGUCUCCGGAGUUCCAGAAGCUUCUGGGCAUUGCCAUGGAGAUGUUCCUGCUGUGCAGCGACGACCGCGAGUCGGACGUCCGCAUGGUGGCCGACGAGUGCCUGAACAAAAUCAUCAAAGCGUUGAUGGACUCCAACCUUCCGCGGCUGCAGCUGGAACUGUACAAAGAGAUUAAAAAGAACAGUGCCUCCCGGAGCCUGAGGGCGGCCCUCUGGAGGUUCGCUGAGCUCGCUCACCUCAUCAGGCCACAGAAAUGCAGACCCUACCUGGUGAACCUGUUGCCGUGUCUGACCAGGAUCACCAAGCGGCAGGAGGAGACGGUGCAGGAGACGCUGGCGGCCGCCGUCCCCAAGAUCCUGGGCGCCCUCGGCCACUUCGCCAACGACGGCGAGGUCAAGGUGCUGCUGAAGUCGUUGGUGGCCAACCUCAAGUCCAGCUCGCCCACCAUCCGGCGCACGGCGGCCAGCUCUGCCGUCAGCGUGUGCCAGCACUCCCGCCGCGCCACCUACUUCUACACCUGGCUGCUCAACGUGCUGCUGGGCCUGCUGGUGCCUGUGGAUGAGGAGCGGGCCAACCACGUGAUCCUGGGUGUGCUGUUGACCCUGCGCUACCUGAUGCCCCUGCUCCAGCAGCAGGUCAACACCACCAGCCUCAAGGGCAGCUUUGGGGUCAUGAGGAAGGAGGCCGACAUCCAGCCCACACCAGAGCAGCUGCUGCAGGUGUACGAGCUGACUCUCCACUACACACAGCACAGGGACCACAACGUGGUCACGGCCGCUCUGGAGCUGCUGCAGCAGGUGUUCCGCACCCCACCCCCCGAGCUCCUGCACAUGUUCAUCACAGCCGGCAGCAUGCCGCACGCCAGCGUGUUCCGCCAGGACGCCGAGAGCCGCGGGCGCUCCGGGAGCAUCGCGGAGUUCAUCGCUGGGGGAGGGUCUUCCUGCAGUCCACUCGUCCUCAGGAAACAGAAAGGCAAGCUGCUGUCAGGGGAGGAGGAGGGCUUAGAGGAGGACCCUGAGAGGGCGGAGGGCAUGGCCGGAGCAUUUUCAGCUGAGGGGACCGCCCAGGUGGACAUCAUCACCGAACAGCCGCGCUCCUCCCAGCAUGCACUGCAGCCCGGCGACUCCGUUGACCUCAGCGCCUCCUCCGAGCAAGGGGGCGGGGCUCUGGGAGAGGGGGCGGAGACUCCGGAGUCGCCCAACGAGGAGGACAUGCUGAGCCGGAGCUCCAGCGGCGGGGCCAACGCCACCCCGGAGACGGCCGACUACACCACGCCGGAGAACGCCACGCCCGACGGACCGCUGGACGCUCCGCUGGGUCCUAACGACCGCUCGCUCCCGCCCAGCGAUUCCUCCCAGACCACCACAGAAGGACCCGACUCUGCCGUCACACCCUCCGACGUUGCAGAGCUGGUCCUGGAUGGCAGUGAGAGCCAGUACUCAGGGAUGCAGAUUGGAACGCUGCAGGAUGAGGAAGAGGAGGGGACCGGCCCUUCCUCCUUGGAGGAACACACAGAGCCCUUCUCCCAGUCCGCCCUGGCUCUGAGUAAGCCCCACCUGCUGGAGGGCAGAGGUCACAACAGGCAGGCUUCUGACAGCAGUGUGGACCACUUCACCCCUGCCGAGGAGGCAGUGGAGCCCGAGCCAGACCACAAGCCGUCGAGAAUCAAGGGCCCCAUUGGCCACUACACAGACCAGGGGGCGGAGCCACUGGUGCACUGCGCUCGUCUGCUCGCCGCCUCCUUCCUCCUGACUGGACAGAAGAGCGGUCUAGUCCCAGACAAGGAGGUGCGUGUGAGUGUGAAGGCGCUGGCCGUCAGCUGCAUGGGCGCGGCCGUGGCUCUGCACCCUGAGGCCUUCUUCAACACCCUCUACCUGGAGCCGCUGGACGGCACCGCUGUGGGGGAACAGCAGUACAUCAGUGACGUGCUGGGCCUGGGGGGCCACGGGGACCCCCAGAUCAGAGGGGCCACCGCCAUCCUGUGUGGGGCCCUCAUCCAGGCAGCCCUCACCAAGACACGCUUCAACAUCCACAGCUGGCUGGCCAGCGUACACAGCACAACUGGUAACCCUCUGUCCCUGGUGGACCUGGUGCCUGUGCUCCAGAAAACUCUAAAGGAUGAGUCCUCCGUUACCUGCAAGAUGGCCUGUUCUGCAGUCAGGCACUGCAUCAUGACCCUCUGCAGCAGCACUCUGAGUGAGCUGGGUCUGCAGCUGCUCAUCGACCUCCUGACCCUGAAGGACUGCUCCUAUUGGCUGGUCAGGACGGAACUCCUGGAGACCCUGGCGGAGAUGGACUUCCGGUUAGUGAAUUUCCUAGAGAGGAAAACUGAGAAAUUGCACAAAGGGGAGCAUCACUUCACUGGGUGCCUGCGUCUGCAGGAGAGGGUGCUGAACGACGUGGUCAUCCACCUGCUGGGGGAUGACGACCCCAGGGUGCGACACGUGGCCGCCUCCACUGUCAGCAGGUUAGUGUCCAGGCUGUUCUAUGACUGUGACCAGGGCCAGACUGACCCUGUGGUGGCCAUAGCCCGGGACCAGAGCAGCGUCUACCUCCAGCUGCUCAUGCACGAGACCCAGCCCCCCUCCCAGUUCACCGUCAGCACCAUCACCAGGACGUAUCGAGGCUACAACCUGUCUCAGAGUGUGUCUGACGUGACGGUGGAGAACAACCUGUCCAGAGUCAUCACCGCCGUGUCCCACGCCCUCACCUCCUCCUCCUCCAGGGCCCUGACUUUUGGCUGCUGCGAGGCCUUGUGUCUGCUCACCUCCAACUUCCCAGCAUGCAGCUGGAGCACGGGUUGGCACUGCGGCUACGUCAGCUCCUCCGUCAACCUCUCGUCACGCUCCAGCCUGAGCCGCAGCCGGGGGAGGGGGCUCAGCCUGUCCCAGCCAGGUGUGGGGAGCGUGGUGGAGGAGGGCAGGAGGACCCUGACGGUGGGCAUGGCCAACAUGGUCCUCUCCCUCCUCUCCUCCGCCUGGUUCCCCCUCGACCUGUCUGCCCACCAGGACGCCAUGCUGCUGGCCGGCAACCUGCUCGCAGCGGCCGCCCCCAAGUGCAUGCGCAGCCCCUGGGCUGGGGAGGAGGAGAGCAGCCCCGCCCCCCCCGCUGCUCCCGGGAAGCUGGAGGAGCCCUGGGCGGCCCUGGGAGAGCGCCCCCUGGUGGCCCUGGUGGAGCACCUCUUCUCACACCUGCUCAAGAUCCUCAACAUCUGUGCCCACGUGCUGGACGACACGCCGCCGGGCCCCGCCGUCAAGGCCACCCUCCCCUCCCUGGCCAACACCCCGUCCCUCAGCCCCAUCCGGCGGAAGGGCAAGGAGAAGGAGGCGUUGGAGCCCAGCUCCACGCCCAUGAGCCCCAAGAAGGCCGGCGAGGUGGCGGGGGGGCGGCUGUCUGAAAGCUCCGCCUCCACCUCCAUCAGCAAGUCCAGCACCCUGGGCAGCUUCUACCACCUGCCCCCCUACCUCAAACUGUACGACGUCCUCAAGGCCACACAUGCCAACUACAAGGUAACACUGGACCUUCACAGCACCAAUGAGAAGUUUGGAGGGUUCCUGCGCUCAACGCUGGAUGUCCUGUCCCAGCUCCUGGAGAUGGCCACGCUCCACGACAUCGGCAAGUGUGUGGAGGAGAUCCUCAGCUACCUGAAGUCCUGUUUCUCCAGAGAACCUACCAUGGCCACGGUGUGCGUGCAACAAUUGUUAAAGACUCUGUUUGGCACCAACCUGGCCUCCCAGUACGAGGGGGCCCUGAGUGGGCCGAGCCGUUCCCAGGGCCGGGCCCUGCGUCUGGGCUCGUCCAGCCUGCGCCCCGGCCUCUACCACUACUGUUUCAUGGCCCCCUACACACACUUUACCCAGGCCCUGGCCGACGCCAGCCUCCGCAACAUGGUCCAGGCUGAGCAGGAGCAGGACGCCUCCGGGUGGUUUGAUGUGAUGCAGAAGGUGUCCAACCAGCUUAAGUCCAGCAUCACCAACGUCACUCGCCAGCGAGGAGACAAGAACGCCAUCCACAACCACAUCCGUCUGUUUGAGCCCCUGGUGAUCAAAGCUCUGAAGCAGUACACCACCAGCACCUCAGUGGGCCUGCAGAGACAGGUGCUGGACCUGCUGGCCCAGCUGGUGCAGCUCAGGGUCAACUACUGCCUGCUGGACUCGGACCAGGUGUUCAUAGGCUUCGUCCUCAAGCAGUUUGAGUACAUCGAGGUGGGCCAGUUCAGAGACUCUGAGGCCAUCGUCCCCAACAUCUUCUUUUUCCUGGUGCUGCUGUCGUACGAGCGCUACCACUCCAAGCAGAUCAUCAGCAUCCCCAAGAUCAUCCAGCUGUGCGACGGCAUCAUGGCCAGCGGGCGCAAGGCUGUCACCCACGCCAUCCCCGCCCUCCAGCCUAUCGUGCAUGACCUGUUUGUGCUGAGGGGCUCCAACAAGGCAGACGCUGGGAAGGAGCUGGAGACUCAGAAGGAGGUGGUGGUGUCCAUGCUGCUGCGCCUCAUCCAGCACCACCAGGUGCUGGAGAUGUUCAUCCUGGUCCUGCAGCAGUGCCACAAGGAGAACGAGGACAAGUGGAAGAGACUCUCCCGCCAGAUCGCUGACGUCAUCCUCCCCAUGAUCGGCAAGCAGCAGAUGCACCUGGACUCCCCGGAGGCUCUGGGGGUGUUGAACACCCUGUUUGAGACGGUGGCCCCCUCCUCUCUGAGGCCUGUAGACAUGCUGCUGAAGAGCAUGUUCACCACCCCCGCCACCAUGGCCUCUGUUGGUACGGUCCAGCUGUGGGUGUCUGGCAUCCUGGCCAUCCUGAGGGUCCUGGUCUCCCAGUCCACUGAGGACAUCGUCCUGUCCCGUGUCCAUGAGCUCUCUCUCUCCCCCAGCCUGCUGUCCUGCCCCGCCAUCCGCCGCCUGCACCUGGACGGCCCCGCCCCCCCGCCGCCCGGCCCCGCCCCCUCUGGAGGGGGCCCGGAGGCCAACGGCGAGACGCAGAGGGCGGCGCCGGAAGAGACCUUUGCCAGGUUCCUGCUCCAGCUGGUGGGGGUUCUGCUGGAGGACAUCUCGUCCAGGCAGGUGAAGGUGGACAUGACGGAGCAGCAACACACCUUCUACUGCCAGCAGCUGGGCACCCUGCUCAUGUGCCUCAUCCACAUCUUCAAGAGCGGAAUGUUCCGGAGGAUCACGGCGGCGGCGACCCGCCUCCUGAAGGGGGAGGGGGGUCCGGCGGCGGGGGGCGGGCCCAGCGACGGGGGCGAGUUCUACCCCCUGGAGGGUCUGAACGCCAUGGUGCAGUGUCUGACCACCACACAUCCCUCACUGGUGCUGCUGUGGUGCCAGGUGCUGCUCAUCAUCCACUACACCAACUACUCCUGGUGGGCCGAGGUGCACCAGACGCCCAGGGGCCACAGCCUGUCCUCCUCCAAGCUGCUGAGCCCCCACUCCUCCAGCGAGGGCGAGGAGGAGAAGGCCGAGGCUCGUCUGGCCAUGGUGAACCGGGAGAUCGUCCGGCGGGGCGCGCUCAUCCUCUUCUGUGACUACGUGUGUCAGAACCUCCACGACUCGGAGCACCUGACCUGGCUGAUGGUGAACCACGUGCGCGACCUCAUCAACCUGUCCCACGAGCCGCCGGUGCAGGACUUCAUCAGCGCCGUGCACCGCAACUCGGCCGCCAGCGGCCUCUUCAUCCAGGCCAUCCAGUCCCGCUGCGACAACCUCGCCACGCCCACCAUGUUGAGGAAGACCCUGCAGUGUCUGGAGGGGAUCCACCUGAGCCAGUCGGGCUCUCUGCUCAUGCUGUAUGUGGACAAGCUGCUCAGCACGCCCUUCAGGGUGCUGGCGCGCAUGGUGGACACGCUGGCCUGCCGCCGCGUGGAGAUGCUGCUGGCCGAGACGCUGCAGAACAGCGUAGCUCAGCUCCCUGUAGAGGAACUGGACCGCCUGCAGGAGUACCUUCAGACCAGCGGACUGGCUCAGAGGCAUCAGAGGUUCUACUCCCUGCUGGACAGGUUCCGAGCCACGGUCGCCGAGGAAACGAGCAGCCCCGCCCCUCCCGUGACAUCACACCCCCUGGAUGGGGACCCGCCCCCUGCCCCUGAGUUGGUCAUUGCUGACAAGGAAUGGUACGUGGCUUUGGUGAAGUCACAGUGCUGUCUCCGUGGCGACGGAGCUCUCACGGAGACCACGGAACUCCUGACCAAACUACCUCCCACUGACCUGUCCAGCAUCAUGAGCUGCAAGGAGUUCAACCUCAGUCUCCUCUGCCCCUGUCUGAGCAUGGGGCUGCAGAGGUUGACCAGGGGUCAGGGGUCGUUGCUCCUGGAGACGGCCCUGCAGGUGACCCUGGAGCAGCUGGGCAGUGUCACGCAGCAGCUUCCUGUCCCUCACCAGUCCUUCCUGCCGCCCUCUGAACCCUCACCCUACUGGGACAAGCUGGCGGAAGUCUACGGAGAGGCAGGUUUCUACCCCAGGGUUCUGUCUCUGUGCCGCGCCCUGUCCCAGUACCUGCUGUGUGUGUCCCAGCUGCCUUCCUCCUUCCACAUCCCGUCGGACAAGGAGCACCUCAUCACCUCCUUCACCUGCCUGGUCACAGAGGUGGUGGCGUGGCGUGUGCUCCAGGACCAGGUGCCUCUGAGCGUGGACCUCCAGGGGGCCCUGUCCUGCCUGUGCCUGGCCCUGCAGCAGCCCUGCAUCUGGAGCCUCCUGGCCUCGGCCGCCUACACCACACACACCUGCUCCCUGGUGCACUGCCUCCGCCUCCUCAUCACCGCAGUGGCGGUGGGUCCUGGAGACCAGCUGCUGCGCCCAGAGAGAAAGAUAGACAAGGGGCGAGACUCUGACUCUGACCAGGUCGACUCUCCACACCUCGACAACGUGUGUGAGCGCCUUGCGUGUGAGACCAUGACGGAGCUGGUGGAGGGGCUCCAGAGCAUCCUGGCACUGGGUCACCAUAGGAACAGCUCCAUCCCUGCCUUCCUCACCCCGACACUACGCAACAUCGUCAUCAGUCUGUCCAGACUGCCCUUGGUCAACAGCUACACACGUGUGCCCCCACUGGUGUGGAAGCUGGGCUGGUCCCCCCAGCCAGGUGGACAGUUUGGCACAGCCCUCCCUGAGAUCCCUGUGGAGUUCCUUCAGGAGAAGGACGUCUUCAGAGAGUUCCUCUACCGCAUCAACACACUGGGCUGGAGCAGCAGAACCCAGUUUGAGGAGACGUGGGCCACUUUGCUGGGGGUGCUGGUCACCCAACCCCUCCCUAUGGACCAGGAGGAGGAGACCCAGCAGGAGGAGGACCUGGAGAGGACUCAGAUCAACGUGCUGGCCGUCCAGGCCAUCACCUCCCUGGUGCUGAGCGCCAUGACCCUGCCCACCGCUGGCAACCCUGCCGUCAGCUGUCUGGAGCAGCAGCCUCGCAACAAGAGCCUGAAGGCUCUCGACACCCGGUUUGGCCGGAAGCUGUCUGUGAUCCGAGGGGAGGUGGAGAGAGAGAUCCAGGCUCUGGUGUCCAAGAGAGACAACGUCCACACACACCACCCCUACCACGCCUGGGACCCCGUCCCCUCGCUGUCUGCUGCCUCCGCAGCAGGCACCCUGAUCAGCCACGAGAAGCUGCUGCUCCAGAUCAACACAGAGAGGGAGCUGGGCAACAUGGACUACAAGCUGGGCCAGGUGUCCAUCCACUCUGUGUGGCUGGGCAACAACAUCACCCCCCUGAGGGAGGAGGAGUGGGGCGAGGACGAGGAGGACGAGACCGACGCCCCGGCCCCCACCUCACCACCCACCUCCCCCAUCAACUCCAGGAAGCAUCGAGCAGGGGUGGACAUCCACUCGUGCUCCCAGUUCCUGUUGGAGCUCUACAGCCAGUGGGUCCUCCCCGGUUCCCCUAGCAACAGGAAGACCCCUGUGGUGCUGAUCAGCGAGGUGGUCCGCUCGUUGUUAGCUGUGUCCGACCUGUUCACAGAGAGGAACCAGUUUGACAUGAUGUUCUCCACCCUGAUGGAGCUGCAGAAGGUUCACCCCCCUGAGGACGAGAUACUCAACCAGUACCUGGUGCCGGCCAUCUGCAAGGCUGCUGCCGUACUAGGGAUGGACAAGGCGAUAGCGGAGCCCGUGUGCCGCCUGCUGGAGACCACCCUCCGCAGCACCCACCUCCCCAGCCGCAUGGGGGCCCUCCACGGCGUGCUGUACGUGCUGGAGUGUGACCUGCUGGACGACACGGCCAAGCAGCUGAUCCCUGCCGUGUCCGACUACCUGCUGUCCAACCUCCGCGCCAUCGCACACUGUGUGAACCUGCAUAACCAGCAGCACGUGUUGGUAAUGUGUGCCGUGGCCUUCUACAUGAUGGAGAACUACCCUCUGGAUGUGGGAGCCGACUUCACCGCCGGAGUCAUCCAGACGUGUGCCGUGAUGGUGUCGUCCAGCGAGGAGUCCACCCCGUCGGUCAUCUACCACUGCGUCCUGAGGGGCCUGGAGCGUCUGCUGCUGUCGGAGCAGCUGUCCCGGCUGGACAGCGAGGCGCUGGUCAAGCUCAGCGUGGAGCGCGUCAACAUGCCCAGCCCCCACAGGGCCAUGGCCGCGCUGGGGCUCAUGCUCACCUGCAUGUACACCGCGGUGGUUGCGUCGGGGUCAGAGGUCACAGAGGUUAGGGAUCAGGUUGGCGUUGGCGAGGCGGUGGCGGUCACCGCUGGUCCUGUUGGUUUCUCCUCAGGCAAGGAGAAGGCCAGCCCCGGUCGCCCCGCCGACGCGGACCCCCAGGCCCCCGACAGCGAGUCCGUCAUCGUCGCCAUGGAGAGGGUGUCCGUGCUGUUUGACAGGAUCCGUAAGGGUUUCCCCAGCGAGGCGCGGGUGGUGGCCAGGAUCCUGCCUCAGUUCCUGGACGACUUCUUCCCUCCGCAGGACGUCAUGAACAAGGUCAUCGGGGAGUUCCUGUCCAAUCAGCAGCCUUAUCCACAAUUCAUGGCCAGUGUGGUUUACAAGGUGUUCCAGACUCUCCAUGCGACAGGCCAGUCAUCGAUGGUGCGUGACUGGGUGCUGCUGUCCCUGUCCAACUUCACCCAGAGGACGCCUGUGGCCAUGGCCAUGUGGUCGCUCUCCUGCUUCUUCGUGUCUGCCUCCACCUCCCAGUGGAUCUCCGCCCUCCUGCCUCACGUGAUCAGCCGUAUGGGAAAGAGCGAGGUGGUGGACGUCAACCUCUUCUGCCUGGUGGCCAUGGACUUCUACCGGCACCAGAUCGACGAGGAGCUGGACCGCCGGGCCUUCCAGUCCGUCUUCGAGACGGUGGCCUCGCCCGGCAGCCCCUACCACCAGCUCCUGACCUGCCUGCUCUCCAUCCACCAGGACACCUCCCUCUGAAGGCUUAGGGAGGGGUGGGGGGAGGAGGUGAGAGACAGAGAUAGAGAGGGAGAGACUAUGUACCAGGACACCUCCCUCUGAAGGCUUAGGGAGGGGUGGGGGGAGGAGGUGAGAGACAGAGAUAGAGAGGGAGAGACUAUGUACCAGGACACCUUCCUCUGAGAAUAGAAAGAGGGACAUUAGGAAAGAGAGGACACCUUUCGCCAGAGACAGAAGGUUAGGAGAGAGUGUGGAAUGAGAGGGAGAGUCUGUGGAAUGAGAGAGAGAGAGAGAGAGAGCACACUUAGACAUUCUCCCAGAAAGAGAAUGAAUGGAAAGAUGAGGUAGACUACAGGGUUAGAUGGAUACAGAGAGUUCUUAUAAUGUUGUCUCUGUUGUAUUCUCUGGCCCCAUCCUCCCAUUCCCCACUAAUUUCAAGUCAAGGGUUGAUAGUGUUAUGGAAACCUAUCCGGUCCUUCAGAGCGUCAAAGAAGCAUGAAGAGGAAGUGUUGAAAGGGAAGCCUUCUUAGAACGGUUGGACGCAUUAUAGCUAGUCACAGACCUGCACUCUCUCACUGUCCAUAGAUAAAGAGGAAUGGUCUUUCAGAAUGAUGAAAUACACUGGUCCCAAAUGCUUUAAAUGGUUCCACCCUCACUCACAUUUCCCCAGGGAUGUUUCCGUAUGACAACACUAGCCCCACUUGAACUGACCUUCAUCCAGCACCUUGACGAGCAAAGAAAAUAAUAUAAGUGAUAUUAAGAAGAAAGAUGAUGAAAAAAGAGUAAAGUAACUGGAUUUGUAUAUUUUCCUGUGAGGACUUGCUUGAGCCUUGUAACGUUAUAUUGUAUGAAGAAAAGUAAAAUCUAAAGUAUUUACUAUAUUUAAAGUUCAAUACUUCUAUUUUUCAGUGCGUUUGGUUACAGAGAGCAGAAUAUGGAUUAAAACUGACAAAGAUCAUUAGUCUAGAUAUGUCUGCUUGGUGUUGUCAGUAGUUAUCUACAGUAUCUUUGUAGUAUUUCUUUUUCAUUUUUAAAGUAAUUCCCUCUAUCUUUUGCUUUUUAACUCCAACAUGACAGAGGAGUGAGAAAAAGUGAGAGAAAGGAUAGAUAUGUUUUAUGUAUCUUUUCAAGAGUAAAAAGGAUCACUAAUAGCCAUAGUCAAUAUCCAUGUCUAAAAAUUGCAACAACAACAACAAAAAUGCUGCGAUUGUAUCAUUGUCAUUGUGGACCAACAAUUGUGUUGGUCUUUCACUGUUAGCAUGAUGCUACAAUUCCUGUCUCUCCAUGUGCAGCUGGCCUAGCCUAGCCUCCGGAACUAGACAAAGGUCAACACUGGAGUCACCAAUCAAAAGCUUUCAGGAAGCUCACCUGAACAAGUGUCCCAUAAUUACCCGCCACCUAUCAUAAUAUGCUUACCCUCUAUGGCUUUGCACUUUGCAUUGUUUACAGCUUGCUCAGAAAAAAAUGGAGUUCCUGAUUGGCUCUUUGGUUAACUUCCUGUUUUCUCUGGCAACUCUUUUUUCAGUCCAUCUCCAUCUUGUCCCAUCCCUGGAUGACACCACACACUAAAUCCAACAUAUUUGCUUCCUCUCAGAAUGAGAUGUGAUUACUUAUUGGAAUUUUAAUCAGUCACUGGGAGUAAAGCCUAGUUAUGCUUUAUUGGAGUUAUCUCAGUGUAUCAUGUCAAGCCAAGCGUAUCAUUGUAACUUAAAACAUAACUUCACAAUGCAUGAAGAAUGACUGCUGUACUAACGGUAGCCACAAAGAUCCUUCAUGAAACAGUGGCGGGUGUUCUCUUUAUGGACAGACAUUCUCAAACGGAACGGAUGCAAACGAAGCUUUAAGCCGACAUGUUUCCAUUUGAUAAACUUGACCCUGACAUGCUUGGUUGGCCUCCUUACUCCUGUACAUACACAUACCAGAUGACUGAAUCUGUCCUACUGUUUAUCCUGCAGACGCAUGACCCCCCCCCCCCCCCCCCCCAACUUCCCUGUAUUUCCUGUAUACUGUAUUUUUCUAUGGUAAGGAUUCUGGCGUUGGUUAUGCCGAUGAGGGAGGGAGAGGAGGAGGAAUGCAAUUCAAAAAGGUCCUUUGUUAUAUAACUGUAGCAACCAACAGCUGCUUUGACCAAUCAACAGGCAUCAUGGUGUUACCUUAGCAACGCCACCGGUCAAUGCAAUGUUCUUGUCUGUUGUUGUUGUUUUUCCCCUCCCUUCAAAGCUUUAAAACUGCAUCUUUUUAAUUCACUGUCCUGGUUUUUUGAAAUCUUACAGAUGUUCGCCACUUACUGUCUUAGUGCAGCGUAUUGAGUGUCUAGCACUUAAAAACUUGAAGUUCUUCUCACAUCAAUGGAAUCUGCUUUCUUGUUUUCUCUGUGUCAAUGUACGCUGCAUGGGACUUCAGUGUUUGCAUUCAGUACUGGAUGACCUUACUACCACACACAGAAGGCAAUGUAACACACUGACUUCGGUCGUGGUCACCAGUUAAAAUGAUGUAUUCAUACAAUAAAUGAUUAAGUCCCCA